CUCUGCGCACGCACGCACGCACACAAACACGCACUCUCCUCAGUCCUUCCGAAUACAUUAAACAGAACCUUCGGAGUUUUCACGAUACCAUCCAUUUCCUCCAAUUUAUUUUCAAUUGUUCCGUCUGUCAAUGAAAAACUUGGGAACUUGAUUUACUGCUUCUCUCUUACGAGAUGGACUCCAAGUCUCUGCGCUUCAUCACCCACCAGUCGUUCUUUUCUUCUGUCCGAUCCGGCGACCUCGACUCUAUCAAACAGCUCUUUGAUAAGCUUACGGGAGGCGAGUCGUCCGAUGGGUUCGCCGUCUCCGGUCUACUGGCUUUGCAAAACGACGCGGGCGAGACCGCCCUGUACGUGGCCGCAGACAAUAAUAUGCCGGAGCUGUUCACCUACUUGCUCAGGUUCUCUGAUCUUCAGACUCUAAAGAUCAGGUCCAAGUCUGAUAUGGACGCCUUCCACGUUGCCGCUAAGCGCGGCCACUUGGGUAUUGUGAGGGAACUUUUGGCUAUUUGGCCUGAGCUUUGCAAGUCAUGUGACUCCUCAAACACUAGCCCCCUUUAUUCAGCUGCUGUUAAGGAUCAUUUGGAUGUGGUGAGUGCCAUCUUGGAUGUUGAUGCCACCUCGGUUAGGAUGGUAAGGAAAAAUGGAAAGACUGCAUUGCAUACGGCUGCCAGGUAUGGCCUCCUUCGUAUUGUAAAAGCACUUAUUGAGCGUGAUUCAGGAAUUAUCACAAUCAAAGAUAAGAAGGGCCAAACAGCACUUCAUAUGGCUGUAAAAGGUCAGUGCCCUUCAGUCGUAGAGGAGUUAUUGCUUGCCAAUUUUUCUAUACUGAAUGAACAUGACAAGAAGGGUAAUGUAGCUGUGCAUAUAGCAACAAGAAAAGGUCGUUCACAGAUAGUGAGCCUUUUGCUUAGCUACAAGUCUGUUGAUGUCAACGCAAUUAACAAUCAGCAUGAGACCGCAAUGGAUUUGGCAGAUAAGCUGCCAUAUGGAGAAUUGGCAUUUGAAAUUAAGGAUUCUCUGGUGGAAGCUGGUGCCAAGCAUGCCAGACAUGUAGGCCAAGAGGAUGAAGCAAUGGAACUCAAAAGGACUGUCAGUGAUAUAAAGCACGAGGUGCACUCACAACUCAAAGAAAAUGAGCAAACCCGGCGUCGAGUUUCUGGUAUUGCUAAAGAAUUAAAGAAACUUCACAGAGAAGCUGUUCAAAACACCACAAAUUCGAUAACAGUUGUCGCUGUUCUUUUUGCCUCAAUAGCUUUCUUGGCUAUAUUUAACUUGCCUGGCCAGUAUGUUACUGACCAACCAAAUACAGGGAAGGCUAAAAUAGCUGACAGUGUUGGUUUCAAAGUGUUCUACCUUUUAAAUGCUACAUCUCUCUUCAUUUCUCUCGCAGUUGUUGUGGUUCAGAUUACUUUGGUGGCGUGGGACACUAGGGCUCAGAAGCAGGUUGUAUCAGUUGUUAACAAGCUAAUGUGGGCUGCCUGUGCAUGCACUUGUGGGGCUUUUCUGUCGAUAGCUUUUGUAGUUGUUGGAAAGGGAAGCUCCUGGAUGGCUAUUACUAUAACCCUUACGGGAGCACCGAUUCUUGUGGGGACUCUUGCUAGUUUGUGCUACUUUGUUUUCCGACAACAUUUUGGGAUUUUCCGCGGCGACUCCCAGAGACGCAUCAGAAGGGCAAGCGGGAGCAAGUCUUUCUCAUGGUCGGUUUACUCUGCAAAUAUAUCAGAUCUUGAUGACUAUAACUCAGACCUCGAGAAAAUAUAUGCUCUGUAGACAAAGUCUUUAGAACUAUGAGUUAGCUGCACAACAUCUUCAUAUGCAUAGUGUUUAUCUGAAUGUAAGUAGUUGCUCGUGCAAUGUAAGGAUAAGCAAUUUCUAUUUCUGAGUUUGUGCAAGGGAAAAUUGGUGUAUCAUGGUUGACAAACAAAAAAUGUUGUAUAUUUUAUGCAUGAGGAAGUAUAUUAUUAAGUGCAA